AUGUCACAAUUGUGUCCAAGUAGCAAUCACGAAUAUAGAAUAGUGACAGAUGGUGAUACAGGAGCAAAACCUCCAGAAAGUGGUAUAUUUGGAUUUAUGAUUAAUGGUUCUGCCAUCCUAGGUGCAGUUACAAUGUAUAUCAGAUAUCUAAUUGUAAAAAAGCAAAAUGAAAUUACGGAUUUUAUUUCUCCUUGGUCCAAUCUGGCGGCACUGACCAUUGGGCUGCUGGGCUGUAUUGGAAUGGGGAUUGUUGCAAGCUUCCAGGAGCUCACAGUCCCUGCUGUACACGAUGGAGGAGCCCUUGUGGCAUUUCUCUUUGGUACUUUCUACAUUAUGUUUCAAACAUUCAUCUCUUACAAAUCGUACCCGCAGUGGAGUACUCAGUGUAUAUGCCUCAUAAGGCUGUUCCUCUCUAUAAUUACUGCAGUCGCUAUCCUCCCCAUGAUUGCAUGUGCUUCACUAAUUUCCAUAACAAAAAUUGACUGGAAUCCAGGUGAAAAGGAUUAUGUGUAUCAUAUUGUGAGUGCAUUCUGUGAAUGGACAGUAGCCUUUGGUUUUGUGUUCUUCUUCCUAACAUUCAUCAACGAUUUUCAGAGAGUUACUGUACGGAUAACAGCAGAACUACAUGAAAACCUUUGACCGCAGUCAUUGUACUUAGGAUCAUAGAUGCUGGAAAUAGAGGGGAUUAUUCAACAAAUUCUUCCACAGAAACAGGGACAGUCAAAACUAAUGUGACAAGGACCUGCUACAUCAACGUUGAGAUUUGUGUAAGGAAGAGAGCAUGUUGCGUUUACUGAUAAUCAUGAAUGUAUCAUUUUUAAUCUUUGUUUUAAAACUCUUUUGUAUUUUAAAUAUGCUUUUGUUUUUACUUUUGAAAAGUAAAUCAUUGAAAAAUGCAACUCUUGAAGUUCCUUGGCUGUAUUUGUUUAGUCAAUAAAAAUAACCUCAAAAUGAAAUUCAGGCUGCGAUCUAAUGCUGUUAUUUU